GCAGAGUAGGCCGAUCUAUUUACAGAUCUCCCCAGAUGUAAAUACGCACGUAUCAGCGUUAGUUUUUGUACCAACUUUAUUGUGAUUAUAAUGUGUUCAUAAAUUAAAAAAUAAAAUUGAUUUAAUGAAAACGAUUUUUUGUCAAUGACUAACUGAGAUUCCAAAAUGAAUUUUGGUUUCAGUAGUUUCGAUUUGCAAAAAUGCAGCGUUGUCCCUAUCUCUACGAGAUGAAAGAAAGACUGCUCGAGGACACCAUUCCUAUGAAAAUAAUCAUGCCUAAGGAAGUACCGCCGCCAUGUCCUCCUUUACCAAAGGACCAACAACCACUUAUCAUUCAACAAAAGCCUGUAGCGACUAUAGUUAAAAUCGAUAAUGCAGGUUACACACACACCACCCCGAUGCACUGCACCGCCGAGCAAACUCCCCUCGUUCCAGAAAAGCCAGAAAGUAAAUUCUUUCCUAUUUGCCAGAAGAUUUUUCCCAAAAAUGCUAAGACAUCCUUGUUUAUUGUAACAAGCUUCGUCUACGCCAAGCUCCUAGUAGUCAUAUGCAUCGCCUACGUCAUUUCCCACAUUGUAACACACAACAUACCCCUCUAUUAUUACGAAGGCUUUUUUACGUACCUCUACGGUUUGAGUAUCCUCUUUUUACUCUAUGUUUUCUGUUUCUUGCUACAAGAAAGUUCUUGUUGUUCCGGAAACGAAAAGCAGCCGAAACCGGUACCGAAAAAGAACGGCAAAGAAAAGGAGGUAAAGAUUAAAAAAGAAAAAGAGAAGGAGGAGAAAGAAAAGAAGAAGAAAGAAGCAGAGGCACAAAAGAAGCAGAAAAAGAAGGAAAAAGAUAAGAAGGAUAAAAAACAGGAGAAGCCGGAAGAAUCCAACCAGCCAAUUUCUGUACAAUGGCAAUUCGAUGCGGAACAGCCUCCUGCCGCUCCUGCUGCGCCCGCCGCCACUGGUGGUUCAGCUACUCAGCCAGUUUCUCGUCAGUCGACUCCGGCUGCCGAUGCGGAAGCAGGUGAGUCCAGCUCAGAUUCGAAGAGCAAAUGCAAGCGCAAGACUUCGCAGAACGACCAUAGCCAUGGAAGUUUCUUUUUAAGGAUUGGAGCUAUAGCUUUUGGAUUAGGAACGAUGAUUUAUAUUGGUUUAGAAUUUGGAGGAUUUUUCGAAAUACCAUUCGAUUCUCCGUGUUACAUGAUUCUCAGAGGAGUAAAUCCUACGUUACAAAUGAUUUUCACCUUCAUGCAAAUGUAUUUCAUCUUUAUGAAUUCAAGGUUAAACAUUCAUCGAUUUAAAGUAAUUGCACGAUUUGGUUUAAUGCAUAUUGUAGCCACGAAUAUUUGUGUAUGGAUUCGAACGUUCUUCAUCGAAUAUUUGAAGGAUAUUACGAAGUACCAUCUAAAAUACUUCAAUGCCACCAACAUAUCUAGCGAAACAUCAUUAGGAGAAAGCAUUAAAGCUCACAACCUACGAAAUGCCAACACUGUACUUGGAACACAUAGAGCAGUACCAGACAGAAUUCUGGAAACGACUACUAGUUUGCCGAUAACGACUACAAUUACGUCCUUAUUCGAUCGAUUUAUUACAACUUUAAGACCAAUUCCACGCAAUCCCAACCCCUGGGCUUUCCCAUCGCCAACGCCAGAAAAGAACAUCCCCGCAAAUUUAUGGAAGAUAAUGCCAACCACCACAUCAACCACAACUACAACUACAACCACAACUCCGUUUCCAACCACACCUAGAUACUUCGCGAGAACUACGGUAGCUAGAGUUUGGAGAGCUAUAACGACGAGUUUUUCAUCUACAACAACUACAACUACCACAACCCCUAGCACUACUACUCGCUUCACUACAAGUACAACCACCCCUAGUACUACUGUAAGUUCAACCUUCACCACGGCUGCUAGCACAACUAUGCCUACAACUACUAUUUCAUCAACAUUCUCUUUCCAAAACUUCUUCGAUUCUAGUUUAGUACGCAGCAUUACUGCUGACAAUAUAAACAGUGCCUCUGAAGAUAAAACUGUUGAUCUCUUUCCGGAAAUUAGCAAUACAGUCGCUAACAAUGAAACGGAAUUUCUAAACGAUAUCAUUCCACAAGCAUUUUCGUUUACAUCAUCUUACAACCGAACAAGCAACAAUUCCGAUUACUGUGGGAGACUGAAUAUUAUGGGAACAAUUGUAGAAGACGCUGGACCUUAUCUUUAUCCAUUUAUCAUAGAAUUUUCUCUUAUUGGAGCAGCCGUUAUUUUCGUCAUGUGGAAGCAUAUUGGAAAAAAUCCAAAGUACGUAAACCAAGAAAAUUUGGAACAUCGACUGGAAAUAAUGCUAUCUCGUAGAGCCGUUGCAUUGGCACAAGCUCAACAACAUGGACGGGUUGACUGUGUUGGAGCCUCGAAAGGCCUCUUCUUUGGAUUGCUGAUGUUAGUGGGAUCUUUAAUUUGCCUGAUUCUCUUCUUUGUAUUGGUUUCGAACAAUACGUUUAGAGUUUUGGCAGUCUACUUGGCUGAAGUAUCGCAUUGUGCUUUGUUGGUGUUGAGCAUUAUAGCCAUAUUGAUUGGAUUUAUUAGAGUAAAGUCUCUGAAAUUUAAGAAAGAAGAACAAAGCGACUUAAACGACAUUCUGUUAAGAGUAUCAGCAUUUGGACUAUUUUUGUAUGCAGUUUUUAGCGUGAUCGCUGGUCAUCUUAAUGCCUUUUCUCAGGAAGCGAACUUACUUGCAAUGGUUACAGGAAUUCUUGUUGUUUUACAGGUUAUCCUUCAACUGCUUUUCAUCGCAGACGUAUCCCGUCGCCGAGUUCAUCUCCCCGAGCAUGACAGAUCUAAACCAGGACGUCAAGUGGUCACUUUCUUAUUGAUUUGCAAUAUUACCAUCUGGAUUAUUUACACGUUUGAAAUGAAAAAAGUAGAAGAAAAUCCGGUCCAACUGAAAUAUUACGGGUACUUGACUUGGGCCAUGGUUCAAAGGUUGACACUGCCACUUUGCAUUUUCCACAGAUUCCAUUCAGCUGUAGCCCUAGCCGAAAUCUGGAAGACUAGCUACAAACCACGCCUCGAGUGAAGAGGUGUUAGAUAAACAAUCUUUAAUUAUUAAAUAAUGACAUUUUCUCAAAACUCUUGAGUUAGAUUAUCCCGGCAAACACACAAAUAAAAAUUAUUAAGAGCACUGAUAAGAGAUAUGUACAAAGGAUAUUUAUAGAAGCUUUUAAGUAAUUUACACCCUCCACUUCAAGUUUUUCAAUAAAAUUACCAAAAUUUAAUUGUUUUGCUCAAUUUUAAAAUAAAAUUGCAUGUAAAUCCUUUGUCAUCAGACAAAAAUGCUCAAUCAUAUUGUAUACUAAAAUUUGACAUACAAAUGAUUUUAAAUCUAAAAAUUUCUAAGCAUUUUAAAUAUUUGGAAAUAUUUUCUGGCUUAAAAUAUUUUUAUUGAAAAACUUGGAUGUAUACAAAAAGAAUUAAUCGUAAAUUUAAAGUCUGUCUAUUUAUAAGAGUUUGUAUAAGUAGUAUAUUAUAAAAUUUUUAUUAUAUUUAACGAUAAGGAUGUAGAUUAUUAGAUAAAUAUAUGGUCGAGUAACGAUAUUAAUAGAAAUACGACAUAUGAGCAAUAUGAAUUAAGUGUAAAACAUUAAGGAGAUUAAGCCUGAUAAGGUCAAGCGGUUACCAUGUAAACGGUAUGCAUUAAUUAUAAUCUUUUAUAAAUGCAUUGCUCUAUAGACACCAAGCUAAGGCGAUGAGAUUGGCAUUCAGAAGGCAGCACUGGGAUCAAACGUACUUCGACGGGUUAAGUAUUAUGCUUAGAUACGGUUUACAUAAUUGUUUUGUUAACAUAUAAAUCAAAAGAAAGAUUAAGAGAACGUACUUAGAUAUCAAAUAAUUUUUGAGAAAUUGACAAAUAUGCCAAAAAAUAUAUUUUAAAAAAGUUGUAAGCAUACGGAUCAAAAGAACGUAAAAUGAAAACUUCCAGAGGAGAAAACGUUUGCAUUUAAAACUUGACAGUUUUGAAAAAGUGGUUGUAAAUAUAUUACCUCGACAAACAAGAAAGUAAACUGUGGAUAUCAGCAAAUGUAAUCAGUACCGAUAAUCAGGAAAUAAAUACUUUUUACGAAGACGUUAAAAAAGCUAUAGACAACAACAAAGAAUCCAAAAGAAUAAUAAUGGGAGACUUUAACGCCAAAAUUGGAAUUAAGAUUGAAGACUCUGAAAGCAAGAUUGGAAAUUUUGGAUUCGGCACAAAAAACACAAGAGGAAAACAACUCAUGGAAUUCCUGGAACAAUAAAAUAUGUAUGUUAUGAAUAACUUCUAUAAAAAGAAACCCAAUAGAAAGUAGACAUGGGUCGCACCUAAGGGAACUACCAAAAAUGAAAUAGACUAUUUUCUCUCAAACAACAAAGGAAUAUUUGAAGAGGUCACAACAAUAAACAACGUAAGAACGGGUAGUGACUAUCGUAUUGUCAGAGCAAAAAGAAAUAUUAACAUGAAAGAAGAGAGAAAAAGGAUAUUUAAAAAAACAACGAAGAUAGAUGCCUUUAAACUAAGAACAAAUGAAGAGCAAUUCCGAGAAGUCUUAGCGGAUAAGUUCGAAUCUGAUCCUUCACAUAACCAAGAUCAAAUUGACGAGAUUAACAAAAACAUAAAUAAAAACCUUCUCGCAGCCGGACUACAGGUCGCAAAAAAAAACAAGGACUAAAAAAAACUUUGUAUUUUGAGAACGAUUUCCAAAGUGGAAACUGAAACGUCAAUAAACGUAUUUUAACCUUUAAUUGUGGCUUAUUCCCAGUUAAAUAGUAAUUAAAUUUAAAAUGCCACAAGAAAAUAGCUUCAGAACAAUAUUAAGGACUAAAAAAGACAAAAUAAGCAAUGGAACUAAACAACUAAUGACGAAAAGAAGACAACUACUAGCGCAAAACAAACGCCAUACCCAAGAAUAUAGAGAACUUAAUAAAACAAUUUGAAAAAAACUAGAACGCGACAGACAAAAAUGGAACGAGAACUUAAUAGAGCGAGUCAUUGAAAUCAGCAGAGGCUUAAAAUGUCUAAGACCCGCACUGGGAGUUCAGAAAAUCAUCAAAAUUAAAGACGCCAACAAUAAGGAGGAGAAGGACAAAUAUAAAACAACAAAUACUGUCGAAGACUUCUACACAUCCUUGUACAGCUCGCAAAGCCAGCCUAAUGAAACAACAAAGAAGAACGUCAAAAGAAGAAGAAUAUAAAGGGAUUCGAAAUAGAAAAAGCUUUAAAAGAGCUAAAAAAUAAUAAAGCUCCAGGACACGACGGUAUAAUUGCCGAGCUCUUGAAAACAAGCAAGACAUUAACAAUCCCUGUACUAACAGAGCUAUUUAAUAGAUGUCUCCAUAAUAGCAAGAUCCCCAAAGACUGGAACGAGAGUCUAGUAAUACUCUUACACAAAAAAGGGGACAAAUGUGACCUACAGAAUUAUACACCUAUAUCGUUGCUUAGUCAAGUAUACAAACUAUUUAUGAAAAUUAUUAACAACCAGUUGACCUACAAAAUGGACAAUUACCCACCGCUUGAACAGACUGGCUUUCAAAAGGAUAUAGUACAUCAGACCAUCUGCUGACAAUGAGAACAUUGAUAGAGAAGGCAAAUGAAUACCAACUACCCGUAUUUCUUGCCUUCGUCGACUAUGAAAAGGCUUUUGAUACCAUCAAGAUGUGGGCCAUAGAACAAGCUAAUAAUAAUUGUAGAAUAGAUUCGAGAUAUAGGCGACUAAUACAUAAUAUAUAUGAAAAUGCAACUAUGAUAGUACAAUUAUAUGAUGGAUUGGGUGUCAUUUUGAGACGUAGGUUUUUGGUAAGUACCUAUUUAUUUUUUUGUAUUCCCAUGUAUAAAAUUAUCACCACCCGCGACUGGCUCGAAUGUUUAUAGAUGUAGACAAGUGAAUCUCC